AUGAGAAAGAUUUUUAGUAUAUUGUUAUUAUUAUUAUUAGUUUAUAUAUCAUAUUCAUCAGCUGACCAUUUAAAUAAAAUAAAACGAAAUUCAAGAUUAAACAAUGAACCAUUUGUUCGAGCUGAUGAUCAUAAGUAUCCGGCAGAUAUAAUUGAAUCAGUUCAUUCGGAUGUUCCAGGUGAUCCACAAAUAAAAAUACGUUUUGCAAAUCAGGAAAAAGAUGAAGAUGAAGCAACAAUUUCUAUUGAUACUGAAAGUGAUAGUGAACAAGAAGAAGAAGAAGAAGAAGACAAAGAUUUACCAAUAAAAAAAAAGAAAUUACCAAAAACAAAACUUGAAGAUAUUCAUUCUUUUCUUUGA